AUGGAUUCCGCGGGCUCAGGCUUAGAGCCGAACUAUGAAGCAGAGGUGAGGCAGGAUGUGUCAGGAGCCGGUAGGGUUCCAGACUCUACGAGUGACACUGCUGCAGAUGAGAUUAGGCUGGAUCAGCAAGACGGGACGUCUGUGCGUGGAACUGGCCACUCUGUAGAGCAGACUUCAGAUGAGCAGGCGGCAGCAGACGUUCUUGCUCGAGCUGAUGGUUUGGAACCAGAGUAUGAUUUCGAGUCUGCAGAGGGUGGUGUUCAUUCCCCGGAGAGAGAUGAAUUACAGCAGGAUAGGCUGCUGGGGCCAUCUGGAAAUCGAGAGCAAUACCAUGGAGUUAGAGAGGCUCAAUCUCACUUGGAGUCUGUGAGGCCGGAGGGAAUUUCUGGCUUGGGUCAGCGUGGGGUUGAGGAGCGACUUCCAGGACGAGGGCGUGAUACAGCUCUGCUGAAUGGAGGGCCGAGACCUGGGAAGGGUCGUGGGAAUCCAUCUGUGUUUUCAGGCUGGGAAGAAGCUGGAUUUACAGUGCAAGCUUCACAGGAGGCUCAAGGUGUGAGCCGUAUUAGGCCUGGUGGUGGACCACUGGGAGUUGAGGCUACGAGGAUGGAGCAUCUGGAAUUUCUGGUCGAACAGCUGCUUGAACAGAACGCGCAGCUGAAGCACGAGAGACUGGAUGCCCAGCGUCGAGGUUCAGCUGACUGUGAUGUAGGUAAGGGUAUCGGUUCUCGCGGUGAUGAUGGUUGGGUUGAAACUCGAGAGAUGGCUUCGGUUGAGGUACCAGCCUCGGUUACGGUGAUGGUCAACGGGGUUCCUAGGAUGGGGAUCAAGGUGCAAAGGAGACUGGAAAUCCCUUUGCUGCAAGUGCGCCGACUCCAUUCAGGUGGUACCAAGGUUCCUAAGCUUCCACCUCCAGCUAGCCCUCCCCGUGAGCCGCAGAGGGAUACCGCUGUGCGAGCUGCUGAUCUUGAGGGUCGUCAGUUGUUGGAGGAGGGUGAGGUGACGCCGUUUUUUAACGAUUUGGCGCCAAGGGGUCAUGAGUGGUGGCAGCGAGUGAUUUCGGAGGCCAAGGCGGAGUAUGAUAGGUCUGAACUUCUGAAGGGGCUUACAGGGCUCCCAGUGUGCGACACCGCGUCCUGCGCGGUAGCUACAUUGCAGAAGUGGUUUCGGCAUCUUGAGAGGGCUAAGACUAUGGAGAUUAGCGUGCCGGAUAGCUCCCUGCUUCUGGAUGGGGUAGACAAGUGCAUGAAGGGUGUUCUUCAAGCCAAUCCCAAUCUCCUGUUCCGUAUCCAGGCUAUUCGUAUGCAGCUUCAGCUUGAUACAACUCCGACUCAGGAAGCAGUGGAAGAGUAUACCAGGACUUUGCUUGCUGAGAUGGAGUUGUUGUCUGUGUCCAUGCCUGAUGCAGGGAACAAGCGACAGCGCAUAGCAGCUGUUGCCUCAGACCCUGGUGAUGAUAAAGGAAAGGGUAAGAAGGGUAAGAAGGGGGAUGAGGUUCUCAGCAGGGCCAAUGAGCAUGGCCGCAGGGGGCUCAUAGACGGGGGCGCGACGGCGUGCAGAGUAUAUCACCCCAAGUUUGGGGAACUUGAUGUUGACACCAGCACCGGCUGUCCAGAGGUCGACGAGGGCGUUGCUUUGGAGCUAAUCGACCAGUACGAGCUGUACGUGGGGCAGCAUGACACAAGGGGUGCAAGGUUGAGAUGCAUCAUUGAGGACUUAAAGACCAAGGGAACCAGGGACCUGGUCGGCUUAAUGGGGGACGGGGAUUCGCAGGCGGAUGCGGCCUUCAGUGUGUAUAUUGCUAGGAAUGUGGAUGAUGUCUUGAUCCUGAGAUUCUUCACUCUUAUUCUGUUGGCCUUUGUUAAGGGAGAUCUCGGCAAUCAGUGUGAUCAAGAGGGUGUUUCGUUGUGGAAUACUCCAGAAUGGCAGGUCAUUGACUACAUUCCUGAGAGAGACUUUGGUGUCGUUGCGGAGCUUUGGACGGAGUGGGCUCGUUAUCUUAUUGUGGGUGUUCUGUCUGUGCCAAUUCUAGCAGUGGAUGGGAAGAGUGUUGAGAAGCCUUGUGACGCAGAUCCAGAUCCUCCUCUGUCAGAGGGUGGUGUCAUUGAUGACGCUGAGUGGUUUGCAAGUAAGGAUGAGUUUUGGGGUUACAAUCACGGUGCACAGGUCCUGACCAGGUACCAUCCGGUGCCUAGACGGCAAAUGUUUGUACCCUCGGCCCAUGAGUGGUUGCCGUUUGAUCGAGACUGGAUUGGUGACAUUAGAUACUGUGUGCAGCAGUUUCAGGGUGGCGAGCCAGUGCGAACUACACAUACCUGGAAGGGGGGUCGGGGCCGGGCUUCUAAGUACGCUUGGACUGGUUCAUCCUCUUUCAAACUUCGAGGUCCCGAUCCCACUGCUGCAAUCGGGGGGGGCUUCAGUAAGUUCGACGGGGUCGUCAGCAUCGGGAAGUUUGAAAAUUUCGAAGCUGGAUGA